AUGGGAAGAACUACUUUAGUCUAUGUUUGCUUUAAUGCAUUGAAGAAGGGGUGGAAGGAGGGAUGCAGGAAGAUAAUAGGUUUAGAUGGUUGUUUCCUUAAAGGGAUCUGUAAAGGGGAGUUAUUAUGUGUUGUUGGAAGGGAUGCAAACAAUGGGAUUUAUCCUAUUGCAUGGGCAGUAGUAUGUGUGGAGAAUAAGGAAAAUUGGAGGUGGUUUUUGGAUUUACUCAUUGAUGACUUAGGACUUAAUUUAGGCUAUGGAUACAGUGUAAUAUCUGAUCAACACAAGGGUUUGAUUGAGGCUGUUAAAGAACUACUUCCAUAUGUAGAGCAUAGCCAGUGUGCCAAGCAUAUUAGCCAAAAACUUAGGAAAAGGUAUAGUGGUGCCCAAUAUGAAAGCAUAUUCUGGAAGGCAUGUAAAGCAACAAAAGAGGUAGAUUUUAAGGUUGCCAUGAAAGAGCUUGAACUGCUAGACCCAAGUGCUCAUCAGUAUCUGAUGGACAAAGACCCCAAAACAUGGUCAAGGGCCUACUUCCAACCAGGAAGAUGUUGUGAUGCUGUGGAGAAUGGAAUGUCAGAAAGUUUUAAUGUUGUGAUUGUUGAUGCUAGGAAGAAACCAAUUAUCACCAUGCUAGAGGAGUUAAGGAUGUAUAUGAUGGAGAGGGUGUUCAAGAAGAAAUGCAAGGGUCUAGGAUAA